CGGAUGUAAACACUUAGCUUUUUUAGUUUGCUGAACUACAUUAUCAUUAAUUUGUUAUCUUAAAUUGAUCAGAUACGAAAAGAAAACUACAUGAAAUAUAAAUUCAAAGCGAAAACACAGAAACAGGCCUCCUUCGAAAUAACACCUGCCUCUCUUCAAAAACGAUGUUUUAACCGAAAAUAAAAUGGACCAAGAAUUCAACAGUAUUUUGGUUUUGUUGAUUCUGAACCUCUUCACCAAUUGUUCGGUAGUAGUUUCUGGUAGACUGCUGAUAUAAUUUUUUCCAAAACCCCGGAAGACUAACGAUGGAUUCGGUGCUUUUCUCAUUUAUUAUCAUGAGUGUGCUUAGAGAUUCAACGGAAACUGCUACAGAAUUUGAUGUGAUAGCAAUGCUAAAAGACACAGACCAGCUACCACUUGUAACGGGAUCUAACCACUGGUCUGACUGGAAGCCUGACAAGAUUAUCGAUGGCAUCUACGGUGGCGGGAAAGCAACAGCAUGUACCUGUUGUGCGGCGUUAAAAACACCAGCUUGGGCAAAUCUAGACCUCACCUCACCCUUUUUAAUAUCAAGAUUCGAAGUUUUCGGAAGAACCGAUGACGAAAAGGUUGGGGAGCAGUUUCACAACAUUACGGUGUCAACAGGCCGGACGGAUUUAGAAGUUUUGUACGCGGGUUAUAUUUUGUCAAACACUACAUAUCUAAUUGCGAAACCUUUUCCACCACUUUUUCUGCAAGAUCUUACUGUUUCAUCGCCAUCAUCUGUAUUGACUAUUUGUGAAAUGCAUUUAUUUGCAUAUAGGUUUGGCGCAAUAAUAAGUGGCAAUGCACGGCAAUCAGAAACUUACAUGCAAUGUACUGCUGACAAGGCACUAGAUGGCAAAAGGAUAUUUUCCGAGACCACCUCAUCUUGUACUUGUAGUGUUACUAAAAACAGCAAUAAAAAUGCUUUCUGGGAAAUAGAUUUAUCCACACAGCAUCUAAUUGAGCACAUAGUAGUGACCGGUCGCAGAGGUAGGGACAUAUUAUCAGGUUAAAAAGUAAUAUAAGCUUAAAGCUAAAAAACUUAGAAGAAAAAAGAAGUUAUGAUCGACUCGCAUUCUGCGCAUACGAUACUCAAUAUCUUACAUUCAUUAGUCCAGACACGAUAUGACACAGACAUUCACAUGUCAGGUCCAGACACGAUAUGAAAAUAAACAUAGCUAGUUUGCAAAAACGGAACAAACCAUUGAAGACGAAAGCAGGUGAUAACUGGCUCAUGUCUGUGUUUUUAUUAGGAGUCCGAUUUAUAUACGUGAAAUACAAUGUAUAUGCAGACGACAAUACUUUAAACUUCGCCGUCAUUGACUCUAUCUGCUUCCCAACAACUACAGAGAUGACAUGUUUUCGUAUAAAUAGGGAAAGAUUCGUAUGUGAGCUGAAGGGUUGCUUGUAUCAUUAAAUCCAGCAAAACCCGAAUUACUUCUCAUCUUUCUCAUCUCUGUAUAUGUAUUGUUUCUUUUAUUUCUUUCGUUCACGGCAUAUUCUUACAGCCUCUCGACAAUUUCGCCGCCUUUCAGGUUUUUCAAUUUCACUAAGUUGUUUUGUUGGCACAAAGGUUCUUCUUCUUCUUACUCGUUCCCUACGUAGGUCUCCUUCAUUUUCCUUCUCUUUUUCGGUAAUAUCUGCAAAUUUCUGAUCUUGAUUUCACCAUUGUAUUCUAUGAAUAAACAAGUUAAAAUGGGGUUUAACAUUAUGUUAUGUUCGCUACAUCUAUAUGUAAGAUUCGAGACGACCAAGAUAAUUAGCAUUGUAUCAUAUAUGUAGCAGCAUAGGUUUAUCAAACUUGUAUUCAAAUGAAGUCUGAUGAGUGAACUAGUGAAACACAUCAGUUACAGAGUAUUUAAG